AAAGAAAAAGGGUCGAUUUCCCAUGCCUUGUUCUUUUGUCCUGUGUUGAUUUUUUUAUGUGCAUGCAACCAUAGCUCCACAUCAAUAACAUGAAGGCUCCACAUGCUCCAUCUUUUGAUUCUAGUUUGGAGGUUUGAACUUGGGACAACAACAAUAAUGAUCAACAUCAAAUCAAGCAUCCAAGGAGAAGGAGAAGGAGAAGGUGGAAAGAAUAGAAGGCCAUGUACGUAGGUUAGUAGCAAUGAGUAGUGCAAGCGGAAAAUGACUGAAAACAGAAAUAUGUUGGUGGUGGUUGGAGGAGAAGAGAGAAGAAGGGAUUAUAGAAAAGGGAACUGGACUCUUAAUGAGACUAUGGUUUUGAUUGAAGCGAAGAAGACUGACAAUGAAAGGAGGAUGAAAAGGUCAAAAGAGACUGAAGAAAAGAUGGGUGGAAGUAGCAGUAGUGGUAGAUCAUCAGAGAUGAGGUGGAAAUGGGUGGAAGACUAUUGUUGGAGAUAUGGUUGCUAUAGGAGCCAAAACCAGUGCAAUGACAGGUGGGAUAACCUCAUGAGGGACUUCAAGAAGGUGAGAACAUAUGAGAUGAGUUUCAGAGUGGAAGAGAGUGAUAGGUUGUCUUAUUGGAAGCUUGAGAGGCAUGAAAGGAAGGAGAGGAACCUACCUUCCAGUCUCUUGCCCGAGAUAUAUGAGGCUUUGAGUGAGGUAGUGGAGAGACGAGGUGUUGAAGGAGCGGGUGGUAGUAUCUCUAACAUGGCAGGAGAGAGGCAUAUGGGAAGCAUCUCAGCAUCAGUGCCUCCAAUGAUGCAACGUAACAGGCCAGGCACUACACCACAAGCACCAGGACCACCAUUGCCGCCCGCUCAUGCACUCCUGCAAGCUCAAGCAGCCGGAAUCAUAGAUUCUGAUGAUAAUGAGCAUUCGAACUCACCUGAAAGGAAAAGGAGAAGAGAAGAAAGCAGCAGCAAGAGCAAUUCCCAUAAGCUAAGUUCAGCAAUCUCCAAAUGUGCUUCUAUUUUAGCAGAAACAUUCCAAGCUAGUGAGGAGAAGGAGAUGAGAAGGCAUAAGGAUCUCAUGAGGAUAAAGGAGAGAAAGGCCAAGAUAGAGCAGUCAAAGGCAGAGACCAGUGUCCAGUCCAUGGAUAGCCUGGCUGCUGCCAUCAACCAGCUAGCCAGUUCAAUCCUUGGUUCAGUUGUUGACAAGGGUCCAGCAGCUCCUAAGUAAACACACGAAAAUGAUUAUAAAUGUAAACCUCCUUCUUGGUUCACUUUUUAGGUGAAACCUCUUUCUUUCUUCAACCAUUGCCCCUAUCACUGGUUAAUCUUGGUGAGCUCACAGGAAUCUCUGCUACAACUUUCAGGUCAUGAUUGCCUUAGAAAAGCUUGCCAAAGAAAGAUGCUUUCUGCAAGUAGCACAUGACAAGAUAAUGAAAUUUCUAGAUUGUAUUUUGCCAGAUUUAGCUUGUCUUAUAUUAAGCUGUUUGGUGGAACAGUUGGCCACUUAGCAUUUAGGUUGAUCAGCUUAUUUGCUUAUCUCUAAAUAUAUGUCUGAAUAAGAAGAGACUUGUAAAGAUGUCAUUCAUGCUUG